AUGAAAUUUCAACUUAAAUCUCAGAGACCCGUGACAUUAAACGAGUUGUUAUUAGGUGAAUAUCUUAACUUUUGUAAAAGAAGCCAAUCAACAAUGGAUUUGGAGUUCCGCAAUCUCACAUACUCUGUAUAUAGCCGCAUUACAAAAGUUAAACACAGACAAGUGGUUAAAGGCGUCAACGGUAGAUUUUUGUCUGGACAGCUUGUUGCCAUCAUGGGUCCAUCGGGUGCCGGUAAAAGUUCACUGCUCAACGCUAUUUCUGGAUACAGAUCAGCUGGAGUUACGGGUGAACUGCUUGUUAACGGGCAGAUUCGAGACGAGCGGCUAUUCCAGCGAUCAUCGUGUUACAUCACACAAGAAGAUCUCCUCCAACCCUAUCUCACAGUACGGGAGACGCUAGAUGUCGCAGCCAGCCUAAAAGUGGCAAAAGGCACGACGGCGCAUUCCGAAGAAAUACUGCAAGAGUUGGGUCUUUUGGAGCACCAGCAUACAAAGACAGAUCAAUUAUCAGGCGGACAAAAGAAACGGUAG